AUGAUGCUGAAGAAGCAAAGGAACUUGAACACUGCCAAACACCGUCAACAGUCGUCAAAGCUUCCUCAAAUGAUGACGACGAACUUGUGUCUCCGAGUGGUGGUAGCACGUCAUGCACCACAUCUGGAACUCGUGUCGAAGCCGCAUUUCUUCGCAAUAUUUGACGGCCAUGCUGGCUCAGGAGCUGCACUUGUCGCAAGUCGAUGUCUUCACGAACACAUAAAGUCGCGAUUAGGUGUAGUCCUGGAGUCGAUUAUCCAGUUGGAUAAAAACGAAACCCUCGUGUCCAGCAGGCCUCGUUCGGACUCAUCCUACAGUAUCAGUAAGAUGGAUUCAGUCUCAAUUCGAUGUGAUGAGCUUGUUGUAGGUGCUUUGGAAGCUGCAUUUGUAGAUAUGGACUCACAAAUUGCUGAGGACAAACAAACUUGGCGAAUCACUGGCGGUUGUGCCGCCAUUGCAGUUUUGGUAUUUCUUGGUAAAUUGUACGUAGCCAAUGCGGGUGAUUGUCGAGCGGUGCUGGUGACGGACGAAGGCUCACGAGCGCUCAGUUCCGACUUCACACCGGCAACCGAGCGAAAACGACUACAGACCCUUGCUUAUCAAAAUCCCGAACUGAUAGGAAACUGUUUCUCACGGCUUGAAUACUCUCGAGCACUGUCGAAAAAGGACUUGAAGACGAAAGUCUUGUUCAGAGACUGGUUCAUGGACGGUUGGGCAGCGAAAACGGUCAAAGAGUGCGACUUGAAACCCCCGUUGAUAAGCGACUGCUCGCGAAAGAGACGUCUUCUGAACACAAUCGGGGUGUCGCGAGGAUUCGGUGAUCACCAUUUGUUCACCGUUGAUGACCAUCUGCCGAUCAAACCAUUUCUUUCAUCAGUUCCAGAG